AGUGCGAAAUCCAUACCGAGGCCGCGCUAUGUCACAUGACCUAGAUUAGGCUAGAAACGUCACCAACAUGGCAGACCAGCCGAGCAAGGCGGAUAUUAUAGCGAUUUUCAAGCGACUGCGUUCAGUCCCAACUAACAAGCAAUGUUUUGAUUGUGGAAACAACAACCCGACAUGGGCCAGCUGCACUUAUGGAGUAUUUCUUUGCAUUGACUGCUCUGCUGUCCAUCGUUCUCUUGGUGUUCAUGUCACAUUCAUUAAAUCAACCAACUUGGAUACCAACUGGUCAUGGCUGCAGUUGAGAGCUAUGCAAGUUGGGGGUAAUGCUUCCGCACGGUCUUUCUUCAGCGAGCAUGGCUGUACAACUACUGAUGCUCAGCAAAAGUACAACAGCCGAGCUGCCAAACUUUACCGUGACAAGCUUUUGUCUCAGGCUCAGCAUGCUAUGAGGCUUCAUGGAACAAAGGUUCACCUGGAAGACAAAGAAGGGAAGACUAAGUUACACAUUGAUGUCCAUUCAGAACCUACUUCACCAGAUGCCAAAGCUGAGGUGGACUUUUUUUCUGAACACACAAAGGACACAUUUAGAGAAGAUUACCCGAUAGCAGCAGAUCAAAAGCUAUCAGCUCCUGAACCUGUCAAGAAUGGAACACUCGGUGAGAAUGCUAAGGAAUCAGAUGUAGGACCAAGUGUAGAGGCAGCCCUGAGCACAUCACCUUCUCAGGCAGCUGCACAGAUUGAGCCUCGCAAAACAAUUAUUGGGGCCAAGAAACCUGCUGCUGCUAAGAAAGGGAAGGGUCUGGGAGCCCAGAAAGUGAAGGCGAACUUUAACGAAAUAGAGACACGGGCACAACAGCUGGAUAAAGAACGAGAAGAAUAUGCAAAGAACCAGGCUAUUCAUGAAGCACGGACACAGGAGGAGCGCGAGAAGCAAAUGGCCUCAAUGCGGCUAGCAUACCAGGAUAUGAGUCUUGAGCGAAAAAAGCAGGAAGAGAAGCUCAAAGCCUCUGAUCCCAAGAAAGCACAGCAGCUGGAACGUCUGGGCAUGGGAUUCAUCUCCAAUAAGGGCAUUAGCCACUCUGCCAUCAGCGACAUGCAGACAAUACAACAAGAAGCUCCAAGCCGUUCUAGAAACAAGGACCAGGAUUUGGAUCUUUACAGCACUCGUUCUUCCACCCGUGACCGAGACAGGGACUUCUUCGAAGAUGAAUUGGAUGCCAUGUCGGGACUGUCUUCCAAAAGAGGAGGUGGUGACAGUCUUCGACGGUCACGAAUGGAUGAUUUUGGCUGGGGAAAUGCCAACAAAGGGGGCUCAUGGGACAUUGACACUUUUGAACAGUCCAGCAGCUUGUCUGAGCCAAUAGCUCCCAAAUCUGAUGACAGCAUGUCACAAGAGGAGCAAGCGUUAGACUCAAAUGACAAUGACUCCACAGGAUCUAGCAGAAGUCGCAGGACAGUGACAGACAGCAACUCUUCAAUCACCAUGUCUGAAGAGGACAAGAAAAAAUAUGCAAAUGCCAAAGCUAUUUCCUCAGACCAGUUCUUUGGCAACAGAGAUGCAGAUUUGGAUGUAAAGCAGAAUCUUGCUCGUUUGGAGGGCAAGUCAGGCAUCUCUAGUGAUGAUGUUUUUGGAACUGGUCGACAAACUACGUCACGCUCAUCUUACUCAUCAACACCAGAUCUUCAGGAUAUCAAAGAUGGUGUGCGCCAAGGCAUCACCAAAGUCGCUGGUCGUCUCUCCACAAUUGCCAACGGUGUUGUUUCCUCUUUACAGUAAUGGUUGAUAUCACACAGAUUUUGUUUUAAAAAAAAAAAACAGACCGAAUGGGAAGCUAGUGAUGGCAGAAGUAUUUCAUUUCAAACAGUAAAACAAACCAAGGACACAGCAUUCUAUCAUGCUUCUUGUCAUCUGAAGUGAACCGAAAGAGACUUACUAGACUUACAUGAAUUAUUAGUUUCAGUGGGAGAGAGUUGUACUAUGGUUUAUAUUAUAAAAGUACGAGUGUUAUGACUGCUGGACAAAAUCAUUCAGUGUGACUGCUUCUUCACAUUGUUGACAGCAGUGGCUCAUGUGUUCACCAGACCAUGCACAUUACAGAGGCACAGGGGAAGAUAUGAAUGUUGUAUAAAGGGCUGUCUGGUGAUGCUUGCUAGCCUCAGUGUAGUCCGCGUUUCUUAACAUCUCUCAACAUUUACAGGCAGGAAUGUUGAACCUCAGGCAACCCAUGUGAAGCUUCAAGUUUACAAGACAUCACUUCUUGAAUACAUUUUUGAUGUAUCCUAUAGAUAUGUGUAAAAAUAGCCCUAUGAAAUAUUACGAUUUUGUCUAGGUGGGGGGAAAGGGUUAAAUCAUUCAAGUUAUUUUUAUUUUUUAACUUUUUGUGCAAAUAUCUUGAAGUGUUAAAGGAAGAAUGUCUCAUCUGCUGUGUAUCUCUCCAACGGAAGAGUGUGAUGAUAAUGAAGUUUUAGCAGAGGAGCAGGAAUUUAUAGAGGUGCCACCCAGAAAAAUCUGCUGGUGGUUAGAAAAAAAUAUAAAAUGAAAAAAAAAUACAAAUUAUGAGACCUAGAGAUGGGAGGCACAAGGUGAAAAGGAAAGAGUGAAUUGAUAUCAGCAAUGACCCCAAGACAUGCUUGGCAUUCUGACUAGGGUUGGAGGGUUGGUGGGUGGGCGACUAAUUGUGGCUGCUCCAGGUUUUUAUUGGAGGCCUGUUGUGUGCCAUCCUCUGUAGCAUUUGAUGACUGUAGAUGUAUGUAUAUAUGAAGACAAAAUUUAAUAAGUUGUAAUCAAAGACUUUUUUUUCUAUAUUGCUAAAGUGAAACCAUUACGAAUUAAUUUCAUAAAAAUUUAAGGUUAGGGUUACUUGAUAUAAAUAUUUUCAACAUGGGGUGUUUUUUCUGUGUGUGUUUGUGCGUGCGCACGUCAGUCACUGAUGAUGCUAUUUGUCAAUGACACAAGAAAGUGGUUGCUAGUAAUGAAAUUGUGCUGAUCACAGGUACCUUAAAAGUCUGAAACUCUUGUGGAAUAAGAAUGUCUAUGUCUUAAGCAAGGCUUAAUUGGAUCCAUAUUUUUGGAUGUUUAUGAUAAAAUGCCAACCUUGUCACCAGUAAUGUAAUGUGCAGAAGGCUUGAAUUAUCGCGUUGUCCUCUUCUGUGCAGCAUCGUAGAUUUUAAUGACAUUUCUCAGCUAUCCUUUUUUGCUGCUUGCUUUGUGGUCUUGUUUUGGUACUCUUUUUUUUUUUGGUGGGAUUUACUCGCUCAGUGCUAUCUGUAUUGAAAGAUGAAAAGCUGGCUGAUGAGUAGAGUAGUAACCAGACAUGAGAGGGAGGGGGCCAGACAGAGAGGUGCAAGUACAUGUUCUGGAUUUUCAGAAACUUUGCACAACAGACAGGGAGCGUUAUUAUGAGAUGUAUAAUUUCCAACAAUUUGCUUCUUUUCCUCCAACAUCAUGCAUGUCAUUUGGUGCAGAAAUAUUUAGUUUUUACUCCAUAUUUAUAACGUUGUUUUAAGAGAUAAAUCAUUAAGCACUCAUAAAAUUUAUCAGUCAUAAAAUAUCCUACCCCACCCCCUUCUGAAGAUAGCCACAGAUGGUAAGGCAUCUUGCUUGCCUGGAAGAGGAUGGUAGAGGGGGUCGGGGUGGUCAAGUAGCCUGCCCUGUAGUUCUACUGUCCACUGGGAGACAAGAGCCUAGCCUCUUAUGUCAACCAUGAGGCUGACUGUGCCCUGGUUUUUGCUUGUAGCCCUUUAAAACUGCCUCUGGUAUAGCCGCCACCACCACCACCUCAGAUUGUUUCUAGGAAAUGUGUCAGAAGCUGGCUUGAUGUUUUUAUCCCAUGACUUCAUAUAUUGUCUAAAAUGUAAGUCCUGUGAUUUUUGUAAAAUCCAGACCACUUAAUGAUUAUUAAUGAUCGGCAAGAAACUUUAUGAUGGUUGAAAAUAUAAUAGUGUUCAAAACUAAUUUAUUGUUGAAGAAACGAUUGAGGCAGUUAGGUUUUAAUGAAGUAUAGUGUUGUAUAGUGCUUACUUCACAAUUUUAGGUAAUGAAAGAGUAAAGUAGACUGUGGGCUUCCUGUUACACAUAGAUGAAUCUUGUGGCAGGAUUGUCACCAAGUCCAAGGAGGGAUUGUACCAGUCUGGACUUCACACUGCUCAUCUUUAAUAUUAAACAUCAAAAAGCUUGU